UGUUUUUCAAUUCAAUCUUCACUUAAAAAACUUUUUUUCCCUCGCCUUCUCCUUUGCUAUUGUUCCAAUGGCUACAACAGAAGGAAAACCAGAAAUCAAACAAGAAAUUAAACCAGAAGCCAAACCAGAGUCUAAAGAGGUUGAAGAAAACCAAGAACCUCCUCUCAAAUACAAGGCUUGGGUGUUGAAAGUCUCCAUUCAUUGUGAAGGUUGCAAGAGGAAAGUCGAAAAGACACUGAGAAAAAUCGAGGGCGUGUACGAGGCUUAUGCUGAUUUGAAACAACAAAAAGCCACUGUAAAAUCCAACUUACACGUAAAUCCAAAGACUUUGAUCAAGAAGCUAGUGAAGAAAGGGAGACAUGCAGAGCUAUGGCCGGAAAAAUCUGAACAAAAAGAGAAAAAACAAGGGAAAUCGAAGAACAAAGACAAACAAGUUGCCCAAAGUGAAGCUAAUAAUAACAGUAACCAUGGCGAUGAGAAAGAGAAAGAAACAGUGAAAAACGAAGCCUCGGUUCAUCUAGAAGGUGGUGCUAAAAGUUCUGAGAAUGGUAGCGAGUCAAACAAGGUAGCCGAGGGGAAGCAAAAUGUGACCCGUGAUCAAGGUGGACAAGUGAAGGAACCGAAGCCUGAGGUGAAGCAAAAUGUGACCACGGCGGGCGGUAACCAGUCCGCGGGGGAUGAGAAGAAAGUUGGCGGCGGUGAAAGUGGUGGUGCCGCCGGUGAAAGUGAGGCUAAUGCUGCUGAGAAAAGCGGCAGCGGCAAUGGCAAUGAAAAGAACAAAAAGAAGGGGCAAAAGGCAAAUGCGAAUGCUAAUGUUGAUGAAAGGGAACAUCACGGCGACGCUGCACCACCAACCAUUGGAUCACAUUUCAAAGGUCAUGGACCCUAUGGUCCGGUUCCCAUGUCAUCUCCAGCCAAUCAAAGCCCGCCACAUCAGCACCCGAUGUACGAGUACCCAACGUAUUACCAUGCACCACCAGUGUACCUCACUAACUACAAUACGGCUUAUCCAAGUAGUAGCUAUAAUGCAUCGUAUUACACCUCACCGCCGCCAUAUUCAUACGCAUAUACCCACUCAGGCCACAUGAGCGAACGUCCCCCGCCUUAUCUAGACACGUACUCAUCGUGUCCAUCGUACUCAUCCCAACUGUCCGACUCAUUCGAAAUGUUCAGCGACGAAAACCCGAAUGCGUGUUCGAUCAUGUGACAUGUACUCUCCGGCAUUAUACGAAGACCGAGCUUAUACUACUUGUAUAAGUGUGUUUUGGGGGGUGGUAUAAUUUUGUAAUGUAUGUAGAUAUG